AUGAGUCAACUUAAAGACCCUAGAUCGGAUCUUUCUAUUACGAUAAAUACGGCAACAGAUAUCUAUACUCUCAAAAAACCAUUUCUUAUUCAAUAUUGCGAAAAUAAAAAUCUAAAAUCUACUGGAACUACUGCCGAAUUAAGAGCUAGACUAAGUAGAUAUUUAAGAGGAGCUAUAACUUUGGAAGACGUGGAUGAUUCUUUAGACGUUGAAAAACACGCUGAGCUAUCCGAUUCAAGUCCCGAUAAAAUAGACAACAAUAAAAGCUCACCAGCUACUUACUCAACAUCAUUAGCUCUAUACGACAACUUAAACAAUAGUUUAAAUUCUUUUUCAAAUAGAGUUGGAAAAAUCUUAGAAAAUUCAAACACACCUGGUAAUAACUCUCAAGAUCAAAGCACCCAAUUGCAUCAUCUCAAAUGUAGUCGUGGUGGUGGUGUUCUCAUUGGCAUUCGUAAAGAUUACCCUGCGUGUAAUGUUAAAGUUCCUCAAUUAAAUGUUGAACAUGUUUUUGUCCGUUUUACUAUUGGUUCGUGUAGUUUCAUAGUUGGUGGUGUCUAUAUUCCGCCUCUCCCUCCUCCUUUAAUUUAUGAAUCUCACGUCUCUUCCAUUGAAUGUUUGAUUAAUACUUAUCCUAAUGACAAAUUUAUUAUUUGUGGGGAUUAUAAUAUUCCUGAAACUAAGUGGGACAAUGAUGAUUAUGGUAUUGUAUACUCAUAUUCUUCACCUGCCCGUGCCCCAUGUAUUCCCGAAUCUUUUACAACAAAUGGAUUCUUUCAAAAAAAUAAUAUUUAUAACUCAACCAAUUCGAUUCUAGACCUAGUUUUUUGCAAUGAUAAAGAUUUAAUCGUUGAAAAGUCGCUUGACCCGCUAGUUCCUAUGGAUAAAUAUCACCCAGCUUUAAAUAUUUUACUUCCAUUUAGUCUCCCGGUACCAAGCUGUAAACAGAGCCGCAGGUUCUACAAUUUCCGCAAAGGCGAUUAUGGGAAUAUCCGUUCCUUUGUGUCUACAUUUAACUGGUCUUCAACACUUUCUCAAUACGACCUUGACUCAGCAGCUCAUAUUAACUAUAAGUCUUCUUUAAGCAUUAAUGAUUAUAGAGAAUUCUCUCUCCUCAGGGCUAAACUUAAAUAUGAAACAAAAAUAUGUUACCGAAACUUUAUACUCCGUACUGAAACAGCCCUUAGGACUAAGCCUAAUGAUUUCUGGAAAUUUGUUAGGAACAACCGUGCUAAGAUUUGUAUUCCCAAGGAAGUGUCAUACAACGAAUUCACUUCUAGUAAUGAACAAGAGACCGCCAAUCUCUUUUCUGACUACUUUUCCUCAGUUUACUCUACUAAACGAGUAGAUUUUGAUGCCAAAAAAAUAGAUAUUUCUACAUAUGAUCUACCCAAUAAUGCUACGUUUAGCGUAGAAGAUGUAUCGCAUAGCCUAUCUUCGUUGGAAAAUGUGUGGUCAAUUGGCCCAGAUGGCCUCUCAGGUCACUUUUUAUAUGAAUUAAGAACUAUUAUUGCUUAUCCGCUAUGGCUUCUGUUUAGAAGGUCGCUUGAUGAAGGCGUUUUUCCUUCCAUGUUCAAAUUCAGUUCUGUAACCCCUAUUCCUAAAUCUGGUAGCCCCUCCGUUGUUUCCAAUUAUCGACCUAUUUCCAUCCAAUCGCAUAUUUCAAAAAUGUUUGAACACAUAGUCUUAAACGCCAUUCAACCAACCGUUAAUUCUAUCCUAGCCGAGGAACAGCAUGGCUUUCGCCCAAGACGGUCUACUACCACAUGCAAUCUUGUUUUCAAUAACUAUGUCUUCGACUCUUUUCAACAACGAACUCAAGUAGAUGUAAUCUACAUUGAUUUUCAAAAAGCUUUCGAUUCGGUCAACCAUAAUGUACUUAUUCAUAUUCUCAAAGAAUCAGGUUUUGGCGAACCUCUUCUGUCUUGGCUAAGAUCCUUUGUUAGUAACAGGUAUCAAUGGGUUAAAGUCUUUGAUGUUAAGUCUAAUCUGUUCUUGGCUUCAUCGGGUGUCCCUCAAGGGAGUCAUCUGUCGCCAAUAUUGUUUUCAUUAUUUAUAAACAACCUCCAUCGUGUGCUACAUCACUGUCAAUUUCUGUGUUUUGCUGAUGACAUCAAAUUAUAUCUGCGUGUAACCACGCCAGAUGAUUGUACAAAACUUCAAUCCGACCUAGAUCGAUUCUCAAAUUGGAUCAACACUUUAGGUUUAGCACUUAAUCUCGAUAAAUGCAAAAUUAUGCCCUUCACUAGAUCACGUUCUCCUAUAAUGUCCCCAUACUUCAUCAAUAAUAUAGCUAUUACUCGUACUAUGGACUAUGUCAUGGAUCUUGGUUUCAAGCUAAGCUGCAAUCUUGACCCAACUGCUCACAUCGAGUACGUGUGUUGUACAGCUUUAAAAACCCUUGGUCUAGUCAUCCGAUUAAUAAAGGAUUUUCGGCUUGAAUCGUCAUUAAAAACACUUUUCUGUGCGCUUGUGCGCCCCAUUUUAGAAUAUGGGACCGUAAUAUGGGACCCUCAUACUGCAGACAAUGCAAGGCAAAUUGAGCGUGUUCAGCGCCGGUUCCUACGCUAUGCUAGUCAUAUCCUUAAGAUACCUUGUGCACCUCAUAACUAUACACCGGUUGCUAUUCAUCUAGGUUUGGCAUCCUUAGCCGAACGUCGCCGUGUCGCAGGUCUUAAAUUCCUAGAGGGUCUUUUAAAUAAUAAUAUAGAUUCUCCAGUCCUUCUCUCGCAAAUCUCCAUUAAAGUUCCAUCCCGUCCAUCCCGCUCAAAGGCCCUCUUCUAUGUCCCGCACGCCACCACUAACUAUAUGGCUAAUGAGCCUUUAAGACGCCUAAUGUCGUCUGCCAAUGCAGAACCUUCCUUCGACGAAUUGCUAAAUUUUUAA